UGUAGAGGAAGUGGUGGCUGAUCUGGGUCCGCACCUUUUCCGGUAACACAGCACCGCCACCGCUGUGACUGAACGACUGGAGAGAGAGGGAGAGGGAGGAAGAGAGCCAGAGAGCGGCAAGAGCGGGGAGAAACAGCCCGGGGACAGGAGGAUGAUUGCCGCAGACAGUGGGGGAAGAGAAGAAAGUCGGAUGAAUCAAUGACCUUUUGAAACGCUCCUCCUCUGGAUGUCCCGGUGCAGAAACGGACCACAGAGCGCAUAUUUUGGUGCGUUUUUAAUAAGAAAAACAUCGCGCUUUGCAAUUCAUCGACUGGAAUUGGCUAAGAAUAAGUGUGGACACCCGGCAGCUAAGAAGGAAGUGGGAACCCCGGGCUUACACAGGGGCCUGGUUGUUAUAGUAGAAAAAAAAUAAGAAGACCAAUAGGAUUUUGAAGGAGCGAAGCAAUUUUGAAAUGCGGAUUUUGGAGGAAUUUUAACACGAGCGGACGUCAUUUGUUUCUUUCUAUAUCAGAGAAUAGUGCAUCAUGAAAAUAUAUCCCCACCCAAUUCAGCGAGGAAUCCACACUCAGCGCUCCCACUGAAAGCUCAACCUCUCAAGUCACAUCAUUUCUAAAGCUCCAGCCGAUUGUAGCCACCUCUUAUCCGACUGCACAAACUUGAAGCCUUUUUUAAUACUGACACUUGUGUGAGUCCACCGCUGCCAUCACGUGGAGGGCUUUCACUGUAACUUCCCUGUUCUAUUUUUUCUCUCUCAUUAGAGAAGCCUUGUUUUUCUUCCAACUAAGUAUUUAUGCACACAAAACAAGAUGGGGAAAAUGCUGUCAAAGAUCUUUGGCAACAAGGAGAUGAGGAUAUUGAUGCUUGGACUUGAUGCUGCUGGUAAAACAACCAUCCUGUACAAGCUGAAGCUGGGACAGUCAGUCACCACCAUCCCUACAGUUGGGUUCAACGUGGAGACGGUCACCUAUAAGAAUGUGAAGUUCAACGUGUGGGACGUGGGUGGCCAGGACAAGAUCAGGCCUCUCUGGAGACAUUACUACACGGGCACCCAGGGUCUGAUUUUUGUGGUGGACUGUGCUGACAGAGACAGGAUUGAUGAGGCCAGACAGGAGCUCCACCGGAUCAUCAAUGACCGGGAGAUGAACGACACCAUCAUCCUCAUCUUUGCCAACAAACAGGACCUCCCGGAUGCCAUGAAGCCUCACGAGAUCCAGGAGAAGUUGGGCCUGACCCGGAUCAGAGAUAGGAAUUGGUACGUUCAGCCUUCGUGUGCGACAUCAGGGGAUGGACUCUACGAGGGCCUAACCUGGCUUACCUCAAAUUACAAAUAUUAAUGUUUCCUGUCACCAGCCUGGACAUUUGAAGGCAAAAAGUAGCUGAGAAUGAAAACACAAGUUGAAAAAAAUGCAAUCUGAAGCAAUUAACACCAUGACCUCUCUGCUGAGUGUAUUACAAAGAGAGUAGCGAUAAUAAUUUGUUUAUUUUUCUUUCUGAUGAUGGUGAUUUCACUAUAACCACAUAUUUCAUUUAAACAAAAGACUAUUGUUUUUCUGCUGGCUUUAUUCUUUCUAGUUUGCUUUGGUUCACAUUCUGUAUAAUCAGUUUUCCUUUGAAAUCCAAUAAGCUUAAUUUUGGUGCAAAUUCUUUUGCUUUCCUACUUAUAUUUUUUAUAAUUUCCUCAAUGGACUUUUGGACACACACUUGUAGUGUCAUUCUGAACUCUCAUGAACCAGCUACAUAUCCAAAGGAUGGAAAAGAACAGAAAAACCAUCGCUUACAUCAGCAUAUCACUCAUGUGGCUGAAACUGCCUCUGUACUGUGUAAGAAUGUGUACUCUGGAUGUGUUAGGACCUCUGUAAAAUAACUGUUUUCAUAUUUGAUUGUACCGGAGUGAAUGAGGAAACGUGUCAGUGCUUCUUUCCUGUGCUGUGAUUACAUCCAUCAUGUUUGUUUGAAAGACACUAUGUGGACGCUGGAAAUUCACACACACUCACACUGUGAUAUGAGUAUAUACUUUUUGUUGUUUCAGGGUCUCAAUCUGUCACCACCAGUCUUGUUAUUGCCUUUCUGUCCUCUCUGGGCUUCCAUUACUCUGAGUAUUUGUAGUUUCAGCUGCCUUAAAAGAGGUUACAGGUGCCCAAAAAAUCAAGACAGCUACAGCUGAAGGUAUGCUCCACUGCUGAGUUUGCACUUUGGAAGGGAAAGAGGGGGGCGGGGUCACCAGCUAGCUGGCUGUGCACAUUUUGACUGACUUUUGGACCCCAGCAAAUGUUUAGAAAAAUCCCCAGCCCCCCUCCAACUUAAAUGUAGGUGCUUCUUCUUUUCUCUCUUUUUUUAAAUCUAACAUGAUCAUCCACCUGUAUGUUUCAGGUUCACUCACACACCAGCUUUCUGUUAAUAGUUCCAUAGAGACUGCUCUGUUUUAUUUUUGUUCCUUUUUUGCUAUGCUGAUGAAAUAAUAAAAAAAUAUAUCCAGAUCA